GGUGUAAUAAAUCACCAUCUGAUUUAUCCCUGAAGUGGGGUCCGAGUCUUUCUUGGUGGCAAAUAAUUACAACAAAGUCUGCCUCCACGGCUAGGAGAGUGGAGGCCCAGGAAUGUUCAAAAAAGGAGACUGGAAGACAGGAGUCCUCGGAGGUGAGGUUUGAGCAGCUGGGAAGAGGCUGAAUGCCCCGAGACCUUCAAGGUCACUUCGGACGCCCCCUCGCCGACCCUCCAAAAGCUCCUGUCCACUUCUCUGCCUCUGGCGAUCCCUGGUCUAAGUCCCAGGAUGGCGGACGAGGGGGCGAGCUGCACCAGGCGCCUGCACCUGCACCCGCGCCGGUCAGACGCCGUUCCUCAGCCAAUUACCGAGCCUACGCCACAGAGCCACAUGCCAAGAAAAAGUCUAAGAUCUCUGCCUCCAGGAAACUGCAGCUGAAGACCCUGAUGCUGCAGAUUGCAAAGCAGGAGCUGGAGCGAGAGGCGGAGGAGCGACGUGGAGAGAAGGGGCGGGCCCUGAGCACUCGCUGCCAGCCGCUGGAGCUGGCUGGACUGGGCUUCGCAGAGCUGCAGGACUUGUGCCGACAGCUCCACGCCCGUGUGGACAAGGUGGAUGAAGAGAGAUAUGACAUAGAGGCAAAGGUUACCAAGAAUAUCACAGAGAUUGCAGAUCUGACUCAGAAGAUCUUUGAUCUUCGGGGCAAGUUCAAGCGGCCCACCUUGCGGAGGGUGCGAAUCUCUGCAGAUGCCAUGAUGCAGGCACUACUGGGGGCCCGGGCUAAGGAGUCCUUAGAUCUGCGGGCCCACCUCAAACAGGUGAAGAAGGAGGACACUGAGAAGGAGAACCGAGAAGUGGGAGACUGGCGCAAGAACAUUGAUGCACUGAGCGGAAUGGAGGGCCGCAAGAAAAAGUUUGAAGGCUGAGCCUGCCUGUCUGCUACCAUGGCCCCGUGUAUGGCCCUGAGGAAUAAAGUGUCUCUCUGAGCU